AUGUCUCCCAAGCGAUCAAGAUCUAGAUCAAGGUCCAGGUCCCCACAUGAUGACAGAAGGGGAUACAAGAGGAGGCAUUCUCCGGAGAGAAGCUCAGGGAGCAGGCGGAAGGAAAACAGCUCAAGAAGUUCCAGUAAGGGCUCCUCACGAUCAAAAAGUCCAUCCGAAAAGCACAGGACAAGGAGAAGCCACAAGUCAGACAGAAGAAGAGAAGAGAGAUCGAGAAGUUACAGCCCUGUUGCCAGCCAUAAAGAAAGAGACUCUAAAGAUAAGGAGGAGCCAGAUGUUUGUCACUGUCUGGGUGUGUUUGGAUUAAGCAGCUACACGCAAGAGAAGGAUCUGAGAGAUGUGUUUUCUCAGUAUGGAGACAUUGAUGACAUUUGUAUCAUCUAUGACAGACAGACUGGCCAAUCUAAGGGAUAUGGAUUUGUGUACUUCAAGUCUACAUCAGAUGCUGUUGAGGCCAGAAGAAAUACACAAGGACUUGUUCUGGACAGACGACCAAUUAGAGUGGACUAUUCGUUUACCGUACGCCCUCAUUCACCCACCCCAGGAAGGUACCUAGGAAGAAGGAGCAGUCGAGAUUACGAUAGGGACAGGCAGGACAGGCACUAUAGAGAUGACAGUGACUAUGAUGAUCGCCCCAGUUACCGUGACACCAGAGACAGCCGAGAUGCCCGCGACGGUCGAGAUGCACGCGACAGCCGAGAUGGCCGCGACGGUCGAGAUGCCCGCGACAGCCGAGAUACCCGAAGGAGCAGCUACCGCGAUUGGCGCUAA